AAUCUGAAAAAUGAUGCAACUAGUAGCUAUAUUGUUAGCUUGUGCUCUUUCUGUAAGCUCUCAAAUCAACAACAAAAUUUGCAUCGGGCUGACCGAGCUCCCCACAAACGGUCUCUGCAUGGGCGACACAGUUAUGGUGAAUGGUAACAUGUGCUGUGAGAGCAAGAAUGUUGCGGUAAGCUCCCUGUUGUCUUGUAAAAGCGAUAUGACACCCGCUGGGUACGGGCUCUGCCGUCCGGGCUACACAUUGAUGUACGGCUACCGGUGCUGCGCGACCAAGGAUGUUUUUGACCCCACCACUGCUACUUGUUAUACCGGAUAUGGAUACUCGAAUUCUGUAAUGGGUUCUGCUGUCAAUGGCGUGUGCCCAACCGGCUACAGUGUCACCAAGGGAAAUUUGUGCUGCAAAACUGCUUUUGUGGUUGUUGACUGAGUUUUCAGGCAGCAGAGUUUUUCAUAAUAAAGUAUUUACAAGUUC